CACUUUUCUUGUUCAUUGUCGUUCUCUGGGCCUGGAGAGCACAGCAUGAGUUCUCGAUGUCCUUGCAAUCGAUUAAUUCUUUGUUCUUCGAGCUCCCGGAAAGUCACAAGACAUAAGAAUCAGCUUCAAUCGAGAACCUCUCAGUUUUCUUCGUUUUCUCCGAGGUCAUCCAAGGCAAAAUUCUCCAAGAAUCUCCCCUCAUGGGGUCCUCUGAGAAUUCGACUGCGGGAAGAUGCAGUUGAGCUUCGUUCCAUCUCAAACUCACCCAGACCUACUAGGGCUUUUUCAAACGAUGCUCAAUCAUUUCGGGGCAGUUCGUGGUCGAACGAGAACGAAUUGCAGGCGCCAAAUUUUUUUGAAUUCGUCACGUCGGAAAGAGUUAAGGUGGUUGCGAUGCUCGGCCUGGCUUUAUCUCUCUGUAAUGCAGAUCGGGUUGUAAUGUCUGUGGCGAUUGUCCCCUUGUCCGUGGCUCACGGAUGGACCAAAUCUUUUACUGGUAUAGUUCAGUCAGCUUUCCUAUGGGGAUACCUAAUGUCACCAAUUGCUGGGGGUGCACUGGUGGAUUAUUAUGGUGGUAAAGUAGUCAUGGCAUGGGGUGUGGCUCUGUGGUCCCUGGCUACGUUUCUUACUCCUUGGGCUGCAGAAACUUCUUUAUUGGCUUUACUUGCAGCACGAGUUCUUCUUGGCGUUGCUGAAGGUGUGGCUCUUCCUAGCAUGAACAAUAUGAUUGCAAGGUGGUUCCCUCAAACAGAAAGAUCCCGUGCUGUUGGAAUUGCAAUGGCUGGAUUCCAACUUGGAAAUGUGAUUGGUCUAUUGCUUUCUCCAAUCCUCAUGUCAAAGGGUGGUGUAUUUGGACCUUUUGUAAUAUUUGGACUAUCUGGAUUUCUUUGGGUUUUGGUUUGGCUGUCUGCAACAUCAAGUACACCUGAGCGCCAUCCUCAAAUAUCAAAAUCUGAGUUAGAGUACAUACGGAGUAUGAGGAAAACUUCUUCAAUACCAUCUACAGAGAAGAAAUCUAAGACAACCAAAGUGAUCCCUCCGUUCAGGCGCUUACUUUCAAAGCUACCAACCUGGACUGUAAUUUCUGCAAAUGCUAUGCACAGCUGGGGAUACUUUCUUCUUCUCUCAUGGAUGCCCAUUUACUUCAACACUAUUUAUCAUGUUGACCUCAAACAUGCAGCAUGGUUUAGUGCAGUGCCAUGGACUAUGAUGGCAAUUUUUGGAUAUUUGGCUGGUGAUUGGUCAGACAUGUUGAUCCGCAAUGGUACAAGUGUCACUUUUACUCGUAAGGUCAUGCAGUCAAUUGGAUUUUUUGGUCCGGGGAUUGCACUCCUUGGUCUAAAUGCAGCGAAAAAUCCAUCUGUUGCAUCUGCUUGGCUUACAGUAGCUGUUGGUUUGAAAUCUUUUGGACAUUCUGGUUUCCUCGUGAACUUUCAGGAGAUUUCCCCACAGUAUGCUGGUGUUCUACAUGGGAUGUCAAAUACUGCUGGGACAUUGGCAGCAAUUGUGGGAACUGUUGGAGCUGGUUUCUUUGUCGAGCUCAUGGGUUCUUUUCGUGGAUUCCUGAUUUUUACAGCAUUCCUAUAUUUUCUUAGUGCUAUCUUCUGGGACAUCUUUGCUACUGGAGAGCAAGUCAAUUUCGAUGAAACUGGUCAGUAACUUGAACGGCUCAAUGAUUACUUGCCAGGCCUGUGGAUGAAGAUGUCUUCAAACAGUGGCAGCAAUUUCUGGCCCACCUGCCAACCAACUGUUCAUACAUCAUUGGCAUGAUGCGUGACAGAACUUGCUUGAUAACUAAAAUGGGUUUUCUGUUGUGUGAAGCUGGAUAAUGCCAUUGGCUUUCCUGUCCCAGAUUUGGGUAACAUUUUCAAAAUCCUGCUCGAUAAUUGGGUUGGGCUUUGGUGACUGGUUUCCUCUCCUGAACCUGAACCAAGAUCCUAACCAAUCCACCAUUGCACUUAGUUCUGUUCCUGGCUCAAUCCU